AAUUAAUGCUCCAUUAAAUUUAGGUAAUUUCUUAUAUACUGCAGCCUAUUGGGACUUCAUUUGGAUUUCAUUUGUUUUUUAAUACAAAAAAUACAUUGGAAUAUCAGAGCUUGAAAUUAGUAAUGCAACUGUAAAUUCAAGUCACUUCUUAUGCACUGAAAUCUAACGGUACCUCAUGGUUUCCUUUAAUUUAUCCACUGUUUGUGAGUUCAAGUUCGACCGGGCCAAUGCAUUGUUCUACAGCGGCGAGAAGAUAACGGGUAGAAUCAUAUUGAGAACUACGACCCCGAAAGCUAUAACUGGCAUCUAUAUACUCUUUGUUGGCCUGGCGAAAGUUGCCUUCGAUGAGACUCGAAGCAGUCACACAACCGAUGAGAUGCGAAACGAGAGAUUCGUCUCGACUGCAGUCGAGACGUACACGAGAUUUGAGCAGAAUUUGGCCGAAAGAGGAGAGCUAGCGGCCGGCACGCAUAACUAUUCAUUUUCCAUACCACUGCCGCCACAUUGCCCCACCUCUUGCCUGGGCAGGUAUGGCAAGGUGUCCUAUAAUUUGUCGCUCGUGGUGGAUCGUGCGCUGAUGAAGAAGGUGUUCAAACAGCCGCUGGCUGUGCUGCAGCACUACGAUCUCAACUUGCAUCCGGAGAUGCUGAAGCCCAUUGAGCUGACGAGCACGCGGACAUUUUGGCCCUCUAGCGGCGACGUCCAACUGAGCCUCCACAUACCCUUUGGUGGCUACGUACCAGGUCAGUCAAUCGACUACACCCUGGAUGUGGAUAAUAAGUCGGAAGUAAAUCUCAAGGCUUUCAUGAUGACCCUGAUACAGACAUACACAUUCAAGGUCAAUACUACUCGACGGCAUAAUACAUCAUACAAACGCGGCGAAAGACAGAACGAGGGAGUGACACGUCAGACGGCACGAAAGAUAGGUGCCAGCUACGAAAUACCAACCGUGCCGCCCUCGACGCAGGGGCCGCACAUCAUAGAAAUAGGGUAUCAGCUCAGACUAACUGUCAUUUUCAGUGGUCUCCAUAUGAAAUGGAAUAUCACCGUGCCCAUUACAAUCGGCACAAUUCCAUUGCGGGACAGUGGACCUCCCAAACCAAGCAGAGAAUUUAUACCAGACGCCAAGAAGAUCUCGCGAAGUCACGUAGACCGACCGGCUUUGUAUACUAGUGAGACAGUUCUCUUGCAUCGUCCCGAAAAGAUUAGUAGGCAUUCCAUAGAGCUGGUUGACGACAAGUUUAUGCCAUCCUAUACUGUCAAAGCAUUGCCCAAAGCACCUGUAAAGAGCAAUGCAUGCGACGCUACACCCGAGGCUGAUUCGAAUCAAGAUGUGACUGUAGCUCCAAGCCAAUCUCCAAAAGAACCAAAAAAUUGAUGAAUGCUUGUACAUUGGUAGUGUUUGA